AUGGCAUCCACACUUCGUCUCGGCUCCUCUGCCCUGAGGGUUUCUCGUAAUGUACCAACAUUCACUAUGAGAACCGCAGCCUUCAAUGGCAUGCGCUCAUACUCAUCGUCCAAAACCCAGACUUUGAAGGAGAGAUUCGCCGAGCAGUUACCUGAGAAGAUUGAAGAGAUUAAGACGCUCCGAAAGAACCACGGAAGCAAGGUUAUUGGCGAGGUCACCCUCGACCAGGUCUAUGGUGGCGCUCGUGGCAUCAAGUCAUUGGUAUGGGAAGGUUCAGUUCUCGACGCCGAGGAGGGUAUCCGAUUCAGAGGAAAGACAAUCCCAGAAUGUCAAGAGAUCCUCCCAAAAGCUCCUGGUGGAAAGGAGCCCCUCCCAGAAGGUCUCUUCUGGCUUCUCUUGACCGGUGAGGUCCCAAGUGAACAACAAGUCCGCGAUCUGUCCGCUGAGUGGGCCGCACGUUCCGAUGUUCCAAAAUUCGUCGAGGAACUUAUCGACCGAUGCCCCAGCGACCUCCACCCAAUGGCACAGUUGUCCAUUGCAGUCAAUGCUUUGGAGCAUGAGUCUGCCUUUGCGAAGGCAUAUGCUAAGGGAAUGAAGAAGAGCGAAUACUGGCAACACACUUUCGAGGACUCGAUGGACUUGAUUGCCAAGCUUCCAACUAUUGCGGCCCGAAUUUACCAGAACGUCUUCAAGGGAGGCAAGGUCGCCCCAGUUCAAAAGGACAAGGAUUACUCCUUCAACUUUGCUAACCAGCUUGGUUUCGGCGAAAACAAGGACUUCAUCGAGUUGAUGAGACUUUACCUCACUAUCCACACCGAUCACGAGGGUGGAAAUGUUAGCGCCCACACCACCCACUUGGUUGGAUCUGCUCUUAGCUCCCCAUACUUGUCUCUCGCCGCUGGAUUGAACGGUCUUGCAGGCCCACUUCACGGUCUCGCCAACCAGGAGGUUCUUAACUGGCUUACCAAGAUGAAGGCCGCAAUCGGUGAUGAUCUUAGCGACGAGGCAAUCAAGAACUACCUGUGGACGACAUUGAAAGCUGGACAAGUUGUUCCAGGUUACGGACACGCCGUACUCCGAAAGACUGAUCCUCGUUACAUGGCUCAGCGAACAUUUGCCGAGGCCCAUCUCCCAGAUGACCCAAUGUUCCAGUUGGUCAGCCAGGUGUACAAGAUUGCUCCAGGUGUCUUGACCGAGCACGGAAAGACAAAGAACCCAUACCCUAACGUUGAUGCACACAGCGGUGUUCUCCUCCAAUACUACGGCUUGACUGAGGCCAACUACUACACCGUCCUCUUCGGUGUUUCGAGAGCCAUUGGUGUGUUGCCACAACUUAUCAUUGACAGGGCCGUCGGUGCCCCAAUUGAGCGUCCUAAGUCUUUCUCUACUGAGAAGUGGGCGGAGAUUGUCUCAAAGUUGUAA